GCUGUCAAGAAUGAGUAUGAGUGAGCAGUGGCGACCUGAGUGUAGAUAUGAGUUUAUUCCAUGUAAAAUAUUUGGCUUUUAUUUAAAUUUUAUUUGCCUUUGAAAUUUCUGUCUCAAUUUGCUGCAUCUCACUACAUUCUGUUUGUGAUUUACUGAAUUUUAUUUUCAAAAUGUCAGAACCGAAUAUAACAACUUACAAUUCAGUAUGUAGAGCAUGCCUAGCAACGAAAUGUGAUAUGAUUUGUCUUUUCUUGCCAAUUAAUGAAAAUUUAACAUUGUCAGAUAUGAUUCAAUAUAAUACAACACUUCAGGUAAAAGAAACUGAUGGAUUACCUGGAUGGAUUUGUAAGAGUUGCUCCGAAGUGAUAAUUAAAUUUUGUGAUUUUGUAAAAGUUUUCCAGAAGAGCGAAAAAUAUUUUAAAGAAGUAAGGAGAAGACAAGAAUUGUGUGACGCAAAUAUUUUAGAUCCGGAAGGGAUAGAGGUAAUUAAAUGUGAAAGUGAUUCUUCAGAUACUGAUGAAAAUGAUGAAUUGCAUGAUGAAAAUAUCAAAGACAUUUCAGAAAACAUCUCUGUAGAUUCAGUAAAAUAUUCUUGUGAAGAAUGUGGGGAUUGUUUUUUGUAUAAAGCUGGGUUUCAGCAACACAUGAACAAAAAACAUGAUGUAGAAGUUACAGAUUUUGAAAUAUACAGCUCGAAGAUUACUAUAAAAGUAGCUCCAAUUGAAGAUGCUUUGGAACCUAUCAUUAUCAUGAAAAAUGACUUACAAUGUAAAACUUGCAAAGCAGUAUUCGAGAGUCGCAGUGCUCUUGAAGAGCAUGUCGGUAUUCAUAAAAGGCAUACGUGUGAACAUUGUGGGGCAACGUUUACAAAAAAAUCUUAUUUCAUAGACCAUUUGGACAUACAUUCAACUAUCAAGCAUCACAUUUGUAAGAUUUGUGGCAAAUCCUAUAGGCGGAGAACUGGUUUAAGGUAUCACAAGAAAAUUCACGCUAAUCUCAGGAAUUUGGUGUGUGAAAAAUGUGGGAAACGAUUUAAUCACAAACCAAAUUUGCGGACUCACAUAAAAUUAAAGCACACUUCUGAGAAGAAUUUUCAGUGUACCUUCUGUGGUUUAUCAUUUGCCAUGAAUUCCUGGUUGAGAAAGCAUAUGCUCCGAAAACAUGCUGGUGAAAGAGAGAGGAAUUACGUUUGUAAUAUUUGUGGAAUUGCUUAUUUCGAGAAAGGGACUUUGAGUCGACACGUUUCGAUUAAACAUAAUAGUAAUGGGAAGAAGUACUCCUGCGCUUCAUGUGGAAAGGAUUAUACCACGCAAACUAAUCUUAAUAAACAUUUUAGAAGUGUUCAUAAUUUAAUUUCCAAAAACAGUGAUUUAUAAUAUUUAUAAUGUAUAU